AUGGUGUUCGUCCUUGGCGACCUUACGGUAGAAGGACACUCCUUCCACGGGAGCGACGUCGCCAAAAUUCAAUAUCUUACGAUCGAAGGUCGUAAUGCCGGUUUCUGUUGGACCGCCGUGAUCAGGCAAUCUGAUGGCACCACCAUGGUGUUCGUCAGCGGCAAUGUCGCCGUAGAAGGGCACUCCUUCUACGAGAGUGACAUCGCCAAAAUGAAAUAUAUCACCAUCGAGGGCCGCAACCCUGGUUUCUGCUGGGUCCCGGACACAUUCAACCUCCAACCUGGGCCAGCAUCAGGAGCUUUAGGAAUCCUUGCCUCACUAGCCAAAGACCUCAAAGCUAUUUUUAUGCACAGCAAGUUGUCAAUCAGUGCCUCCGAGGACCCUGAGUUCCUCGCUCAGGAUCUCGAGAUGUUCCAGAUUCCUGAAUUCGUCGAAAGCUCAUCCACGCCGAGUCUCCCCCAAGGAGGCAAUCCUCGAGGGCGACACGGACCGUAUCGCACGCCUCUUCAGUACUUCGUUUCAACGGCAGAGCGGCACCUCGAGUUGAUCGUCAACGGCCAAUUAUACCCAGAAUAUGCCAAGGAAGCCUUCGCCUUCUAUAGCCUGCUCCGAGACAAAGCUGCCCCGGUCUUGACGAAGCGAUCCGGAGACGACCGAAAGUUUUGGAUUGCCCAACGCCUAAGUAUGUGGCAGGGCAAUCCCCGAGGACGACACCGCCAGGUUAGCCAGGAAUCGGAAUCCUUCAGCCACCUCCCAGCGGACCUGAUCGAGUCCUUCGUCCAGAACGAGUACGCGACUCUCAAAUGGCUUUCGAAAACUGGCAUACCUGUUCUCGAAGCUCACGGAUAUGGUCUUGCAAGCGACCCAUCCAACCACGUGGGCGUCAGUUAUAUGUUCCUUUGUGUCAUGCCAGGCAAGCCUCGCAACACUAGCUAUAGAUCUCAAGGCUGUGUUCGUGCACAACAAGUUGACGUCCCUGGCCGAACCCACCGGUCCAAGUUCGCUUCGGCAUUCAAAAAGCUCACUCGUCGCUUCAAGACCACCAGCGCGUCUGAGGAUCCAGUGCGAAUCGCACAGAAUCUGGACAUAUACAUGACACCAAACCCAUUCGCUGAGCGAGCCAGGAAUCUCCAGCCUAGGUCGGCUUCAGGAGCCCUUUCGAUUCUUGCAACCUUGGCCAGGGACAUCAAGGCUGUCUUCGUACAACAUAAAUUGAGCAUCAGCGCCUCCGAAGACCCAGUGCGCAUUGCACAAUAUCCGGACAUAUACGUAGCCCCGGAUCCAUUCGUCGAAGGGUCAUCAUCGGCGGCCAAGGUCGAAGGCCAAGGCACCAAGUCUGCCAGCAUUGAGUUCGAGUCUGCCAACUCAGCCGCAACCUCUCAGGGUGUCCGCGGCUUCAGCCCCGUCGCCAAUGCUUUUCUCUUCGACACGGCCAAGAUCGAAGAAGUUAUCCUCGUAUGCAAUGGUGGCCGACGCCUAAACAGUUCUCGACGACGCACCACCACUUGGAUUCUGGCUCCUCCACCAGCUACUAAUCCAGCUCGGCCACCACCACCACAUCUCAGCACAAAGGCUGCUGUCCAAACCCCAACCAUCUUCGCGCCAGAGCGAGUGACAGAAGAAGGGCUUGUCCGCUGGGACAAGCAGGCUGUUUGGUCCUUCCAGGGGAUGGACCCGCACACCAUCUCCCAGGUGUGCAAAGACUCGAGAGAUAUAGUGCAGAAGCAAGCAUUGUAUUGCUCUCCGGGGGAAGGUCGAUACCCCCAUCACGACCAAGGGGCCGGUCGUGUACGCGAACAUCAACACCACGAUGUUUCCCCUAUUACAACCAAGAAACAGAUCGUCUGCGCCCUGAUGUUGGCGAUGCGGAGAGACUGCCAGCGCCUAAGCAGUCCACGCGAUAGAGACCGCUUGACGGGGUCGACGCUCGGAGAGCUAACCGACGGCAAAAACGACCCUGUUCCAGUGGCCGAGGCGACCAUCAAUCCUCUCCCCAAGCUGGGGAUCCACCGCCCAGUCCGAAAGGACCUUGGAAAGAAGCUUGCUUCUUUCCACCUGUUCAACCAGCUCCCACAGGAGCUGCAAGAUGAGAUUUGGUCCGCGAUGAGGUUACCGAUGACGAGGGAGGAGAUGGAGGACUACGAGGCAGCUAUGCUGGCCGCCUGGCCAGAAGAAUGGAUGUAG